AUGGGUGAUAUCGAGAUGCAGCAGGAAGUGAACACUUCAGGUAGUCAUACAGUAGUCGAUUCCCUGAAGAAAUCGCUCACAGAUGUCGUUUCCAAGCGUAGACGUAGAGAUCCGCCCACCAUUUACAAAGUCCCACAAACAAUCCGGCAUUUGGAGGACUACGUCCAGGAGAUUGAGGUAUUGGAGGAUAAAGCACGAAGUUGCUACUCGGAGAAUGUGGGCCCGGUUAAGGAGUUUGUGAAAAUGAUGGUGCUUGAUGGUUGCUUCAUUGUCGAGCUCUUUCUCAAGCUCAACCAGGUCAAGGAAAUACAGGAGGAGAUGGGUAAGGUAGAUGAUGGUUUAUUCAAUGUCGAGCUCUCUCUCAAGCUCAACCAAAAAGAGGAGCUCAAGAAAAAAGAGAAGCUCAAGCAAAAAAUGGAGGAGCUGUCUCUCAAGCAACAAAAGCUAUACCAAUCUUUCGACGGAAGCUAUCUUUCGAAUCUAAAAGACAAUGUGCAAAAACAUUACGAGAACAAAUGGAACAUGUGGUGGGCAAGCUUGAAGCGCGAUUAUUUCACCAAUCCAUGGCCUGUCAUUUCUUUUAUCGCGGCUUCGAUCCUCCUCAUAUUCACUAGCAUCCAAACGUUCUACACUUUGAAGGACUACGUCAAGGCCAUCGAGGAAUUGGAGGAUAAAGCACGAAAUUGUUACUCCAACAAUGUGGGCCGACAGAUGGGUAAUGAGUUUGUGGAAAUGAUGGUACUUGAUGGUUGCUUCAUUGUCGAACUCUUUCUCAAGCUCAACCAGGUCAAGGAAAUACAGGAGGAGAUGGAGAAGCGUAUUUUCAAAAUGGUUAGUCCGGUGGAUGGUUCACUUACCGAGUUCGCCCUUGAUUUCUUCAAAGACUUCUUGCAAAGAAAUGAGGAAAUUCUGCUCAUGGAUUCCUACCAUCAUCCGCUCCAUUUGUUACAUUCGCAUGUGAUACCUAGCGAGGAGUCCUUUCCACGCAACCCCAACAAGUGGAAGAAACAGCUCAUGUUCUUGCGCUCAAGAGGGGUCAAGUUCAAGAAGAAAGAGAUAUAUAGCAGCAUCUUGGAUGUGAAAUUUAGUAAUGGGGUGUUGGAAAUCCCUCCGUUGGUGAUAGAUGACUUCGCCAAUACUCUCUUUCGGAACCUCAUAGCUUUCGAACAAUGCUACCCAAAUGCUAAAAUUUGCAUCACGACUUACCUUUCCCUCAUGGAUUGUCUUAUCGACACGUCUAAAGAUGUGGCCUUGCUCCAUCGAAAUAGGAUCAUAGAUCAUUUGCAGGGAAGAGAUGAGGAUGUGGCCACCCUAUUCAACCAACUUGGCAUUGGUACCAUCGAUUCCUACGAUGAUAAUUACCUUUCGAAUCUAUACAAGGAUGUCGAAACACAUUACAACACCCGAUGGAACAUGUGGUGGGCGAGCUUGAGGCGCAAUUAUUUCACCAAUCCUUGGUCCGGCCUUUCUUCAAUAGCGGCCAUGAUCAUCCUGGUCACCAUCACCCAAACGUUCUUCACUGUCUUUUCAUAUUACCGAGCCCGCGGUCCUGGUUCUUGA